AAGACUGCCACUAUCACUGGUGUCGGCUUCACAGUCUCUGGCAUUUUUGGCAGCAGACACUUCUGGCACCAUGGAUCUUAAGGAUUCUUCGGUUAAGGGAGGCAUACUUAUCGUCCACCAGCUCCAUGAAGGAAAGCACCAGUAUGAAGUGGAAAAUGUGGUGAAGUACAAAAAAGUGGCUGGAGAAAAAAUGUUUGUCAGGAGAGGAGACAAGCUGAUGCAGAUAAACGGCAUGGACCUGCAGGAUCUCACACCUGAGGAGUUAGCACAAAUGUUAGCUGAGGGUAAUCCAAUGCUGAGGGUGCACAAGGCGAAGAGGGUGGAGGAGCACAACGAGCAGACCUCCAGGGAUGAGGAAAUUUUACGACCCGUCUCCAGAGAAUCCACAAUUCUCAGUUUCAGCAUGGAGAUGACGAGAGAGGAGGAGGUUGAUUGGGGAGGAGAAGUAGGAAAGGAUGAUGGGGCUACAGAGGAGGAGGUUUGUCAAGCUGAAAAUGAGGAUAACGGGGAGAGGAAUGAUCUGUUCAUCGUUGCCAUGAAGAAAACCAGUAUCUCUGUGGUGAGAGGAAGGGGCUGCGACACCGAGAGUCCCUGUGAGGGAUGCCAUGGGAUAGGAUGUAGCUUUAAUGACAUUGUCAUGGUGGCAGAAUCCAGCACGGUGAUGCUUGUCCCAAGAGGAAGUAGCAGUUUCAGAAAGGAAAAGGUUGAACUGUCAAACAUCUCAAUCAAACACGUGGCAACCCAUCAAUUCCUCCGAGGUCUAUGUUCGCAGAAAACCCUCUAUGCUUCACCAAAUCCAGAGAGGAUCACCAUCUACUACUACAAGUCAAACAUUAUGGACAGGUCUUUCAGGGGAAUGCCAGUGGUCCUAAACUUUACCGACUCCAACUGCUUCCUCAGGUGCAGCAAGGAAGGAGAGAGGGUGGUCCUACAAGUGGAGACGUGCGAAAAGCAGAAGCUGACGCAGAUCUCAAAGACUGAUGAGAGCGCCCUCUCCUUUGUCUUCUACAUGAAGUCUGACCGCACAAAACAAAUGAGGUUUGAGUCAGUGCUGCACCGCGGAUGGUUCAUCCAAAUAGUCAACACGGACUCAGUAGUGAAGCUGGAGACCCUGGAUGGAGGGAAGGAAGAGCACUCAUUCCUCUUUAUCAUUCAGAAGUGAUGGAGGGUCAUCUUCUUGAGACAUAUUAACAGUCCUUGGUCAAGUCAGUUUAAAAUUCAAAUAUAUCUUGUGAAUUUUAUUUGGCACUUGAAGGUGAUGUUAAACUAAAGAAAGACGUGAGAGGAGCUCUUUUGUUUGAGCCGCCUGGUUCAAGAACAGAAACCAAUGUCACUGUGUCAAAUUCUGCCAUUGCAGAAGUGCGUAGAUAUGUAUCAUACAGCUAUGUCUAAUUCAAAACAUGUAUGCCCGUGUGUGUGUGUGUGUGUGUGUGUGUGUGUGUGUGUGUGUG